AUGAUUAUCCCCAGCAGUUGGCUGCCUCUCUACUUUGCGAGCCUAGGGCUAUGUUACAUCUUGAUAUUCAGUAGCAUGUUUUUCUUUCACUGGAAGAAAGUCGUCCAGCGGGAGCAACGUGCAAAAGCCUGGGUUGAGCUGAUGAGGAGCGAAACAUUCUUCCCCAAUGCAGUAGUUCACUGGGCUAACAAGAGAGCUCAUUAUGGGAUUAAAGCAGAGGUAUGCACUCCCGAGUCCAGUGCCAGCCCAAAACAAAAUGGCAAAAGCUUUGACAGACAAAACACAGGCAGGGAUGGAGCUUUCUUCCCUUCCCUCACGGGUUCAUACAAACUGGUGUUUCAGGAACUGCCAUGGGCUCGUUCACCCUCCAGCCUGCCACCGUUGCUCCAUCAUUCAACCUCUUAUCCUUUUUCAGCCACUCCAUCAAGGACUGUUCCAUUCAGCUCUCUUCCUAAUGUAACGAAGUCAGGAAAUGGGAGAUGCCACCUCAGUAACAGCAACUCUGCUUGUGAGAUAUAA